AUGAUUUUCAAGUCUAUUUUGCUUAGCUUUGCCAUUUUAUUUUCUUCUGUUCUAUGUGAACUUUCUAAUGGAUUUGAAAUAAAGCACAUGAAGGAAAUACAUCAAAUGGAAAUAUCAGAUGCAGCCACAUUCUUCAAGAUACACGAUUUAGAUAAGAAUGGAUUUUGGGAUGAGAAAGAGCUUUUAAAUAUUUAUGGUGUAGAAAGAGAUAUUGAUCCAGAAGCAGAGCAUCUAAAGUCUAUUGUUGAACACGUCUUCAGUGUGAUGGAUCUUAAUAAAGAUAGACUCAUCUCUCAAGAUGAGUACACGUCAAGUAAAUUCUUACCAUCAAUCACAAAGGAUCAAGAAAAGAAGGAAAAAGAGAUGAAAGGUGGAAAGAAUAAUAAUAAGAAACAGCAAAAGAAGUCAUCCAGUAACAAUAGUAAUAAUAAAAGGGGCGAUGACUAUGAAUUUGUUGUACCAGCAAAAUUCAGAGCAUAA